AUGGCACAGACCGACGUGCUCUUGACCCGGGAGCCGGCCCCGCAGACUGUACCGGUGUGCGAGCUGCCACGCAAAGAGUACGAUGUGGCCCGCAACACGGGCGCCUGCACGUCGGCGGGCCUGGCCACGGCGGGCUUCCGCACCGCCAAGUACCUGGUGGACGAAUGGUUCCAGAAUUGCUACGCCCGGUACCACCAGGCCUUCGCCGACCGCGACCAGUCGGAGCGGCAGCGCCACGAGAGUGUGCAGCUGGCGACCGAGACGGAGGCGCUGGCGCGGCGCACGCAAGAGGACAGCACGCGCCGGGUGGGCGAGCGGCUGCAGGACACCCACGGCUGGAAGUCAGAGCUGCAGCGUGAGAUCGAGGAGCUGCUGGCGGAGACGGAGCUGCUGCUGGAGCAGAAGCUGCGGCUGGAGCGCGCGCUGGACGCCUCGGAGCUUCCCUACUCCAUUGCCACCGACAACCUGCAGUGCCGCGAGCGCCGCCAGCACCCCGACCUCGUGCGCGACUACGUGGAGAUGGAGCUGCUGAAGGAAGCGGAGCUUGCCCGGAACAUUCAGGAGCUUCUGAAGAGAACCAUUCUGCAGGCUGUGAACCAGAUCCGGCUGAACCGGGAGCACAAGGAGACGUGCGAGAUGGACUGGUCGGACAAGGUGGAGGCGUACAACAUCGAUGAGGCCUGCACCCGCUACACCAACCAAAGCACCGACGUGCAGUUCCACCCUCACUCGGCGCUGAUGGAGGAGAGCGCCUCCACGCCGGAGUCGUGGGCCAAGUUCACCCGCGACCAUCUGUACCGCGCGGAACGCGAGCGCCUGGCCUCCAUCAACUUGCGGCAGCUCAUUGAUUGCAUCCUUCGGGACACGUCGGAGGACCUGCGGCUACAGUGUGACGCCGUCAACCUGGCCUUCGGGCGCCGCUGCGAGGAGCUGGAGGACGCCAAACACAAGCUGGACCACCACCUGCGCAAGACGCUGCGUGAGAUCACAGACCAGGAGCACAACGUGGCGGCCCUGAAACAGGCCAUCAAGGACAAGGAGGCGCCCCUGAAGGUCGCGCAGACCCGACUCUACCAGCGCUCACACCGACCCAACGUGGAACUGUGUCGAGAUGCCGCCCAGUUCAGGCUGGUCAGCGAGACUGAGGAGUUGCACAUGUCCCUGGCGGCACUCAAGGAGAAGCUUCUGGAAGCGGAGCAGUCGCUCCGAAACCUGGAGGACACGCGCAUGAGCUUAGAGAAGGACAUUGCUAUCAAGACCAACAGCCUCUUCAUCGACCGCCAGAAGUGCAUGGCCCAGCGUGCGCACUACCCCACGCUCCUCCGGCUGGCCGGCUACCAGUGACUCAACCCGCACCUUGGCCCUGCUGCCCCCA